CCGGGUCGCGGCGCGGCUCAGGGCAACAGGGCUGCUGCUUGGCCGGCCGGCGGCGGCGGCGGCGGCGGCGGGCAGCGAGGGUAUGAGGGCGAGCCCGGAAAGCGGCAGCUGAGCGGGCCGGGAGAAGCGCCAGUCCCCGAGGAUUCUGAGAGUGCGGAGCUCGGAGCAGGGCCCGGGAGGCGCGGGGGAGCCGGGCCCGCCCCUCGGGAACGUGUCCCGGGGCCGCCCCGGCCCAUAGUGUGGCAGCAGCUUCAGACCUUGCUGUUCACACUGGGGUUAUGAGAACCCAGUAUGUGCCAGGGGUACCAGAAGUCACAAAGUGAGCAUGGCACAUCUUCCUGGAGUAUCCAUUUUAAUGAGAUAUUCAAAGGUAGGUGAGCCCGUGAAACAAUAUGAAGAGGAGAAAAUAGCCUUUUAAGGAAAUUGGCCCACAGAAAGGAUGGCCUUCUUGGACAAUCCAACUAUCAUUCUAGCUCAUAUUCGACAGUCACAUGUGACCAGUGAUGACACAGGAAUGUGUGAGAUGGUUCUCAUUGAUCAUGAUGUUGACCUAGAGAAGAUUCAUCCUCCUUCAAUGCCUGGAGACAGUGGGUCAGAAAUUCAGGGAAGCAAUGGUGAGACUCAGGGCUAUGUAUAUGCCCAGUCAGUCGAUAUUACCUCAAGUUGGGACUUUGGUAUUAGAAGACGCUCAAAUACAGCUCAAAGAUUAGAACGACUCCGAAAAGAGAGACAAAACCAGAUCAAAUGCAAAAAUAUUCAGUGGAAAGAAAGAAAUUCUAAGCAAUCAGCCCAGGAGUUAAAGUCAUUGUUUGAAAAAAAGUCCCUCAAAGAGAAACCUUCAAGUUCUGGAAAGCAGUCCAUAUUAUCUGUGCGCCUGGAGCAGUGCCCUCUGCAGCUGAAUAAUCCCUUUAAUGAGUAUUCCAAAUUUGAUGGCAAGGGUCAUGUAGGCACAACAGCAACCAAGAAGAUCGACGUCUACCUCCCCCUGCACUCAAGCCAGGACAGACUGCUGCCAAUGACCGUGGUGACAAUGGCCAGCGCCAGGGUGCAGGACCUGAUCGGGCUCAUCUGUUGGCAGUACACAAGCGAAGGACGGGAGCCGAAGCUCAAUGACAAUGUUAGUGCCUACUGCCUGCAUAUCGCUGAGGAUGACGGGGAGGUUGACACAGAUUUCCCCCCGCUGGAUUCCAACGAGCCCAUUCAUAAGUUCGGCUUCAGCACUUUGGCCCUGGUUGAAAAAUAUUCAUCUCCAGGUCUGACAUCCAAAGAGUCGCUCUUUGUUCGAAUAAAUGCUGCUCAUGGAUUCUCCCUUAUUCAGGUGGACAACACAAAGGUCACCAUGAAAGAAAUCUUGCUAAAGGCAGUGAAGCGAAGAAAAGGAUCCCAGAAAAUUUCAGGCCCUCAGUACCGCCUGGAGAAGCAGAGCGAGCCCAAUGUCGCCGUGGACCUGGAGAGCACUUUGGAGAGCCAGAGCGCCUGGGAGUUCUGCCUGGUCCGCGAGAACAGUUCAAGGGCAGACGGGGUUUUUGAGGAGGAUUCGCAAAUUGACAUAGCUACAGUGCAGGAUAUGCUUAGCAGCCACCAUUACAAGUCUUUCAAAGUCAGCAUGAUCCACAGACUACGAUUCACAACCGAUGUUCAGUUAGGUAUCUCUGGAGACAAAGUAGAGAUAGACCCUGUUACAAAUCAGAAAGCCAGCACUAAGUUUUGGAUUAAGCAGAAACCCAUCUCAAUCGAUUCUGACCUGCUCUGUGCCUGUGACCUUGCUGAAGAAAAAAGCCCUAGUCACGCAAUAUUUAAACUCACGUAUCUAAGCAAUCACGACUAUAAACACCUCUACUUUGAAUCUGACGCUGCUACCGUCAAUGAAAUCGUGCUCAAGGUUAACUACAUCCUGGAAUCCCGAGCAAGCACUGCCCGCGCGGACUAUUUUGCUCAAAAACAAAGAAAACUGAACAGACGUACAAGCUUCAGCUUCCAGAAGGAGAAGAAGUCCGGGCAGCAAUGACACUGGCCUCCAGCCUCAAUCUGUUGCCGUAGCUCAGAGCCUGCCUGCCAGGGCCAGGUGGCCCUCGAGCCCACCCUGUGCCCUGCAGUCCUCCAGGGGAGGCCGGCCCCGGCUCACAGCACAGGGCUGGUGGGCUCUUGGGGAAGGGGAGCACCCCUAGAACGGAGCUGGGGACAUUUCCACGGGACCGGAGCCUGGGCGGCAGUGGCUUAGAUUAGCAGUGCCCGGGGGGCCAGAUGACAGCAGAGGAGCCCGUGCUGCCCCGCCCUCUUCACUGCCCGAGGAUGUACAUAGCCGUGCCAGCCGUCUCCCUGCUACUUGAUCAAAUUUCUUAAAACAAAUGAAGAACAAAAAUGUACAUUUCUUUUUUUCCUUUUAAUAAACAGGUGUACUCUUUA